AUGUCAACUGGAUACUUUCCCAAGCGUGAGAAGGUGGGUCUUGAAGAUCUUUUUAAGGGCCUUGUCACCGCGUCCCACAUCCUCCACCGCCAUGAUGUUUUCGAUGCAUACGGGCACAUCUCAGUUCGCUCGCCAGAUAAUGCAGCGACCUUUUGGAUGCCUUGCAACAUGCCUCCAGCCCUGGUGAGCUCCCCGGAUGACCUAGUCGAGUAUCAUGUCGAAUCCGCGGAAGCUGUCGAGAAGAACGCAAAGCCAGGUUAUCUCGAGCGUCACAUUCACAGCGAGAUAUACAAACGGUUUCCAGGCAUCAACAGUAUCGUGCAUAGUCAUGCAAGCGAUGUGCUUCCGUACUGCGUCAGUGGCGUUCCAUUGAAGAACACUAUCCACAUGGCCGGCUUCCUAGGAACAAAUGUCCCAGUAUGGACUUCCUCUGGUUCAGACUUCCUCGUACGUGACUCAACCCUGGGCGCUUCACUCGCUGCAUCAUUCAAGCCGGCGACAUCGGCGGGAUUCAUUUACUCAAAAGUGCGGUCGGCUCUUCCGGGGGCCAAGCCUGAAGCUUCUCUGGAGCCGGACCACGCUGUGGUCCUGCUCGAGGGACAUGGCUUUACUACCUUAGCACACGGCAUCGAGGAAGCUGUGUACCAAGCCAUAUAUACAAAGGAGGCCGCUAAAGCGCAGACCACAGCGCUAACCAUCCACAACGCGUUCUUCAGCCACACCCUAGAGGGCAAAAUCGAUAUCGAAGCAGGGGGCAAGAUCAAGUCAGGGAAAGCGAAGGGUGAAGGCGAUCUCAAGUAUCUGACUGAGAAGCAAUCCCAUGACACUUGGACGUCUAUGCAAGGAACGGUUUCAAGACCGUGGGCGCUGUGGUGUCGAGAAGUGGAGAUUAGCCCGCUUUACAGAAACGACUGUCCAACAGGUGAAGACUGA